UGAUCAUGACAGAUUUGAAUGUUCUAUUUUAUGCUCUCGUGGGCUAUGGGUUUAAGGGCAGUUGAAUAAAGUCAUGGCACCAGACACGAGUAAUAAUGGAGACAAUACCCCAGCUGUCAUCGCCCUCCUCUUCAUAUGGAUCAUACUUGUUUUGGCUCUUUUGUACUUUUAUAAAAAACUUAACGCGGACACAAAUGGACAGUACACCGUCCAGCGCAUAGUCUUCGCCCCUGGCGGCCUACGGGAUCGAUUGAGACAAGGAGUCGGGGUUGUGGAAAACAGACUUGGUGUCCGCAUUUGGCCUCAACAGCGUGAUGACGAGGAGAACAUAGGAGGUCAUGACGAAGAGGAUGAGGAGGGUGAAGGACAGGACAAACAGAAUGACAGUUACACAGAGGAGGGAGAGCAACAGGAACAUGACGACGACAGGGAUGAUUCUUCAGAUGACUAUUCCAGCGUUGACCUGAGGGAGAGGGCAAAGAUGCAGAUGGAAAAGAUAGAAGAGAAGGAUCAAGCUGAGGAAGACGAGGAGGAGGCAGCAGCAGCGGCAGGAGAGGAGGAUAGAAGUGAAGAAGUGAAGAAUGCAGAGAAAGUGGAAUUGCUUGUAGAUCUGAAGCCGUUUAGAGGUAGUGCAAUUUGGUCUGAGGAGAAGAACGAUGAAAAUGACUUGACUGCUUUGUGAAAAGCACAGAGACAUUGCUUUUGAAUUUAAUAGGUGGGAAAUAAGGUGGCUUGGCCCAGUGGGCGGCACAAAUUUUUUUGUUAUAACUAUGAGUCAGUUCAACCCUUUAAAAGCCUGCCAUAUGAUUUUUUUUUUUAAUGUAAAUA